UGGUGAGGAUGGAUGUGACGAACGGGGGGGGGGAAAUAAAAGCGGCCUCCCCUUCCUCCUGCCCCGCCAGCACGGAGAGAACUGCGUUCCUAUGGGGAGAGCUCUGCGGAUGGGGAGAGCUCUGCGGGCAGCAGCCCCCCUCCCCAACAGCCCCCACCCCGUGCUGUUGUCUGCGGGUGCAGAGAGAGCAGCAGAGCUCUCAGCCUAAGGGGGGAACGCUGGGCUGCUGUGGGGGAGCUGGGCGUGGAGGAACGGCGUGUGGUCCGGGCAGCCACCAGCCAUGUUGUGUGUGUGUGUGUGUUGUGUGUGUGUGUUGUGUGUGUGUGGUUCUGAAGUGAAACGGUGAAGUUGGUGAAACCAACCUGAGCUGGAGGUCAGCCAUAGCACGGUCCUGUCCUGUGUGAAAAGGCUGCUGGUGUGGGAACGAGGCACGCUGCUGCGUUGGGAAGUUGCCUCGUUAACUGCUUUACCUUCUGCACAACAAGUGGUUGGAUAUCUGGAAAUGAAUCCCGAGGAGUGCGUGAGUUCGUGGGGCAGCUGGGCUGUCCUGUUGGUGUGCAGCCCUCUGCCCCCACCCCGAGCUGCCACCGCCGAGCUCAGUGCGCUGGCCCUUAUAUAACAGAUGGGAGCGAGCGUUUGGUGUUUGCCAGUGAAAGAGAAUCGCUGUGAAUUAGGGCAGGAGGCCUCCGUGGGGAUGGCGGGGAGAGGCCUUCUCUGUGUUGGGGUGGGUUUGGCAGCUGGGGCUUGCUGGAGAUCUGUUGGGUUUUGCUGUAAUUUGGUGCGCUGUGGGUAGGAGCGUUGGUCAGGGGUGGUUUUAAUGCUGCUGUGGGGCCUCUGGGAGGGUUGGAGGGUCACAGUGAUGAUUGAACCUGAGCGUGCUGCUGGGUUGGUGGCAGCUUCUUGCUGGUGUGCAGCUGGGGGAGCCCUGAGUUGUUGUUGGGAUCAUCCUGCUGUUGCAGGGUGGGAUUGCAGCUCCUGGUCACCAGCUUACAAACCUGUAAGGCCUUAUAAAUGAGUAUAAAUGGGUUCUGUAGUCCUCUGCAAAUACAGCUGCUGCUCUGCUCUAUGCCUGCACCAAACCAACCGGGGUGCAGUUGGUGUUGGUUUGCAGGGGAGGAUGUUUGUCUGUCCGGCAGCAUCUCGGGAAGCUCUGAAUGGAGCUCUGUGUCGCUGCAGCGUGGCUCGUGUUUGGUUUUCUUGUUGCUGCACUCUUCACAAGAGUGAGUGGAGAGGAGGAAGUUGGCAGUUGCAGUUCAGCAGGUUUCCGAAUUCUGCUCUGAGUGCCUUCCUGCGCCGGUGCAGCGCCAGGCUUUGUGUCUCCUCUUGCUUUGUAUUCUGCUUCUGAGCUCCUGUGCAGCCCGAGUGUUGUCAAAACUGCUAAUCUGAGAGUGACUCAGCGGAUCAAUGGGAACUGCACGAGGCUGGUGCUGGUGGACAAUCAGUAUUUCCCCCCACCCCCUCUGGGCUGGAGGAGAUGAUGUCUGAGAGCAGCAUGCCAGUAAACACGUUUCCUGGGCUCGGGCUGUCUGUACCCUCCCCUUCCCCUGGUGCUUUCCUGUGCUGCUGUGGUGAGGAGAAGUGCUGUGCUGGGAGCAGCAGUGCUGUUCUGUGGCUGCUCCAUCCCCGUGUGUGUGCAGCCUGUGCUCUGGCAGCAGCAGAGCUGCUGACAGCCCCAGCCUUUGUGUGGCCAGGAGGCUGAGUACCUGCACGGCUGGGUUUUGAACACCAAAGCCUCAGGAUGAUGGCACCUUGUGCUGCCAAAUCCUCAGCCCAUUGCCCUGCUGAGGUGGGGGGGGGAGGGAGGUUGAGCUUGCUACAGGCAUCCCUUGUGUGCGGGGAGCAGCGCCUUGUGUGCUUAUAAAUAGUGGGAUUUCUAAUUUAUCUGUUUAUUUUUUUAAUUAGAAUGGAUCCUUGUGCUUCCUGCUGGCAGUCAGUGUCUCCUGGAGGGCUGUGGCAGUGGAGCAGGCACAAGGCUGAGCGGUGAGGAAGGCAGAGAGGUGACUUCUGGAGCAGCUGCACGCUGAGCAUUGGGGCUUUUGUGGUCUCCUAUCACCGUGCUGGCUGCCCUCCAUCUCCUGGCGAUCCCCUGAAAUCCCUGCUCCAGCUUUGGCGCUUCCUGUUGCACAGAAACUGGGUUAAAACAAAGUACUGCAGCACACAGCUCUGACAGAGGCACUCAGGAUCCCUUUGCUGUGCUGCUGGGUGCCCCUUUGGGGUACACAACCUGACUCUGCCCUUCCAUGUCUUGUGGUUGGCCUGAUGUGUUCAGAACCAUCAGUUUUCUCCCCAAACCUCUCACGGGUUCUGACAUCAUCGUUCUGCUGUGGGGGAGAGAGGUGAAGCAGUGAAUGGGAAACCACAGGGCUGGCUGCUUCCGUGCACUGUGGUGAGAUGCUGCAAGCAGCUCGGGGAGCUCAGCGAGGGUCGGUGCUCCCAUGCUCUGUGAUUUAGGGAAUGCUUCUCCAUCCAGGUAAACAUCAGCCUGCAGGCAGAGCUUCACAUGGGUGGGUCGAGAGGUGCGUGACCCACAGCCGUAAGGGUUUGUUCCCAGGGAGAGCACUGACCAGAAGGUGUCCCGUGGCCCUUUGUUGUUUAAUGUGAUGUAAUAUUUUUUAAUGAAGGAGGCCUGGCUUUUGCUUUCCAAAUGGCAAACGAGAUGCUUGGCAGGUGAUGCGCAGGCUUUGCCUUCCUAAGAGGGUUGUUCUUAAGUUAAUUAACAGGGGCUAGCGUUGGUCUUGAACUUGAAUUCUGUGAAGCUUUCCUUGGCAGGAGCAUGGUUCUGUGCUGCUCUGUUCUUGCAGACCUCAUCAGUGCCUGACGUCCUCCACUAGGAAAUCACUGCUUUUUGCUGUUGGGUCUGUGCUGACGUAUAAAUGACAACAUGAGACCCUUUUUCUUCUCCAUUUUUGACACGGGCUGUUGGAGGUGAUGAAAUUGGUUCUCUCCCUGCCUGAAUUCCCAGCUCAAAGUGGGAAAGGAAUGGGGCUUUCCAGCCCAUUCUGUGCUCUCCUGGAAUACACCCACCCCCAGCUAUGUUGGUUCCUCUUAUCCCAGUGGUUUUGCUCACAGCCUCCACCUGUGUUCCCCAGCGCAGACACCACAAAGGAUGCUGCUUGGAGCAGUGCUGAAGGCUGAGCUGCAGCCUGGGGGGCACCUGCUGUUCCCCUUGGGUCUGCUCUAACAUCUCUAGUGCAGGUCUUGAAAUAACCAGAGGAUGCACUGCAGUGGGGUGACAGCAGACACCUGGAGCAGGGAACAGAUCCCAGAUGCUGACAGCUCCUGGGACAGGAGUGCAGCUCUGGGUGCUUUGCUCCUAUUUCUGCUCAGAGCCAGAAAUCAAAGUCCAGAGCAAUGCUUCUCCAGCCUGAAAUCGUUUAAAGGCACUUGCUGGUGUUUUAGGGCCAAUAUUUAACUUGUUCCUGCAAUGAGGAAUGCCUGCUGGACUCCAAAUAUUUGCCUUAAGGAAGAAGUUUGAGAGAAGAACAUCCAUGAAGGGGGGGGGGGGAGUAGGGGGAUUGCAGGAAAUGCUUUGGUCUCUGUGCAUACAGGUCUAUGAGGGCCCCAUGUUGCCCCGUGGGCCCGAGCAGCAGCACAGGGAGGAAAUGUCUGUGCAGCUGGGUGUGUCUGUCCCACUGCCAGGGGUUAAGGCUCAGGUUUGGGGCCUCUUCCAACAGGGGGAGCCGGGCUGGAGCGCGUGUCGACUUCCUGAUGAAAAAAUCCCAUCAGAAAAGAAACGCUGUGCUGCUUUUGCUUUUGCUUCAGCCUUUGGUGGCUGUGAAAUGCUCCACAGCAGUCCUGUGAAUGGCAGCUUUCCCGUGCCCUGGACCUGCUUAUGGCUUCUCCUCACUCACCUCGGUGCGAUCCCUCUCGAUUUGUGCCACUGCCUGGCCCAUGGUGAGCCCCUGCCAGCGGUGCUGGCGUCCUGGAGGUGGGUUGGUGAGGACGUGCUGCUGGGGGGAACCCGCUGCUCUUUGCCCAGCUCUGACUGUGCAGCCAGGCUGAGUUCCCAGUUCCAGCUCUGGCACUGAAAUCUGCUCUGCCUCAGUUGCACAUCGAGCCUCUGCUGUGUGCGCUCUGCGCUCCUGUUGGAUUCUUGACUAUUUAAUUGAGUUGUGCUUAGAUAAAAAAUAGCUCGUGUGCUCCUGAGCAUGGCUGGCGUGGCUGUGAAUGUGAUGGGGAAGUGAAGGCUUUUGUCAGAGCCCCGUCCAGCACAGGGGAGCCGGGCUCAGGAGGCUGUUAAGGAAGAUGGACAUUGGCUCAUUCCCUUUUGCAGACACCUGGCACUGUCUGUGGAGGUACCUGAGCUGAGUCUGUGCAGUCUGAGCUGCACAGCCUGCAGCCCAUCCAUAGCCAUGAAGGGCCCUGGGGAGAUUCAUGCCACCCCUGAGGCUGCAGUGGGUACCCAGUAGCACUGUGCCAUUGCUGUAACAAAGGCACUGAUGGAGUUAGGCCCAUGGAUGAUGGGCUGUGUAAUGAAUGAGGAAGCCAGGGCAGUGGUGUGCUGCCUGCGGGGACUGGGAGAGGUGACAGGAACUAGAAACAAAAGGUUUGGGUUUCAGAUAGAAGUGUGUGCUAGGGAAGGUUGAGCGUGUGUUGGCUGGGCUUUCUGGGACAGCUCACAGAAGUGAAAGCCCAGAAAUGAGGGAGAAGGGACAGUUUGUACAUGCAAGUAAUGUUCCAGAUAUUAAUAGCAGCAGCAUGGAGCGGGUCCUCACGGGGGUGUCUCCUGCACGUUCCUCUGACACUACAGAUCAUCCCUUUGUGUGGAGCCCGGAAAAGCAGGUCUUGUGCAGGUAAGGGAAAGGCAGGAAGCAGCAAGGUUGCGCCACAGCUCCUGUCUGAGAGGUGGCUGGCUUUUGGGUGAACCCCUUGAGAAGUCUCCAUGUGUACACACUGACCUGUAGCAGCUCUGGGGCUGCCUCUCCAUCUGCAGCCCUUGCAGUGCUCCUGCUUUGGUGCUGUCCUGAUCUCGUGGGGAGAUCUGAGGUGUGUCUGUGUUGUAUUGCUUUGCUUCCCCACUUGUGAAAACAGCAGGUCACCUGUGUACCUCCAAGAGAGGAUGCAAGGAAGGACUGAGCUGCUCAGCCUUGUGAUAGAGGGGGUGGGAGGAGAAAUGCCUCACGGAUCACUCGUUGCUUCUCCGAAGACGCUGCUGACGCUGGUGUGUAAGCAGAUGGAUGUUGCCGUGCCACAGCACGUCCCUCUGCCCCACUUACUCUGCAGGGAGGAUUAAUUGCACGGUGCCUCCUUGCUGCUCCUUCCACCCAGUGGGGGGGCCCUGGGUCCUGCUGGUGGCCCUGGAAGCUGUCCCUGUGUAAGGCAGGGCGGCAGUGAGCCCGUGCAGCUCGCUUCUAAAAGGGAAACAGUGCUGCCAUCCCACUGCAGGGAGUCUGAUGGCUCAGGGGAGAGAUUUCCCUGUGAACCCCUCUGGAAGCUUGCCCUUCCACCCUUCUCCUUCCCCCUCCCAAUUCUGAAGAUUUGGCAGCAAUUUGGGAAAUGUGUGAGGCUUCGGGCAGCCUGAGGGAGAGAGCAUGGGGGAGAAGCAGUGCUUGUUGGAAUGUGGGACAGCCCUGCUUGGCAGUGCUGCAGCUCCACAGCCCAGAAAUGGAAGCAGCCUCAUCACUGGUGGGAGCAGCACCCCCUGGUCCCCCACCUCCAGGUCUCUCUGCUGGGACACAGCAGAGCUGCUUCAGUCACUGAUGGUGUCCCCUGCUUUUGUGUAAGCAUAAGGGAGUUGAAAUGAGCUGUAUUUUGGUGAUGGAAGUGAUUGCUUGUUCCCUUUCUCCCCAUCUCGCAUCACAGGAGGCCACCCCAGAUCUGCCGGUACAGCUGCUUCCUAACCUGGUUCUGUCAAAAGGAUAUGGGUUAAGGGGAAAAAAAAGAAAAGCUCCUACUAUUAAAAGUGUUUAUGCCAGCCCAGAUCCUGCUGACAGCAGAGGGUUUGGUGGUGAUACGCAUGACGUGAGGCCAGGCAGAUCUGUGUGCAGUGACAGCCCCCAGAUGGGCCGGGGGAAGCCUGCUGCCACGCAUCUCCUGGUGGCACUGCACAAACCAGCAGGCAUUGCACAGAGCCUGGGCCUGUGCUUGGGAUUUGUGGGGCUGGAGCACUCUGGGUGUGCUUCCUUGUGGUAGAAUAUGAACUCCUGGUUUCCCCUCCCUGCUGCAGGGCUCAGAGUGCCCCAAUCCUAGUGUGUGAGUGAGCAGUUCCCUGGGGGCCUGCUCCAUGCCUGCUGCCCUGUGGUGCAGAGCCCUUCCCCAGCCUCAGCUCCGUGCUGUUCCCAGAGGGACCAGUGCCUUUGGCCACAUUGCUGAGCCCCCCUGUGCUCUGAGCUGUUUGUAGGAUGGGGAGCACAGCCUGCCCUCCAUCUCCACGUGCUGGGGCUGUUCUCCCACUUGUGAAGCAGCGUUCUGUAUGAUGGUGGGCAGUUGUGCCUCAGUUCCCUCUUCUGUAGCAGCACUUCCUCACUGAAGUACCUCGAGCUGCAGAGAGUGUAAGAACCAAAGGGCAUUUACCCUUUACAUCAGCCGUCUGGAAAACCCCUGGAGCUUGCAGUUGGGAGCAGCAGGAAGACACACCAUUGAAUGCUGCUGCUUGGGCUCGUGCCCAGUGUGCUGGGAGGUGUGUCCUGGCUGUUGGGAGGGAGGAAAUCUCCUCCAGGUGGACAGGAGGUUCUGAGCCUGUCCCCUAGCUUGGGCCCGGGGGAGGGAAGGAAGGAGCCACAUGCAUCCAGGAGUUCCCUUUGUUAUAGGAUAAGGGUUGGGAAGUGUUUCUGUCCCUUUGCAGACCAGAUGUGGAGCCCCUUGUCCUCGCUGCAGCUGAUCCCUCUGUGCUGGGAAGAAGCACAUAUGGGGCUUGAGGCUGCGGGGUGUCUGAGGUGCGUGGGGUUGGGGUUGUUGCUCUCACAUCCUUGUUUGUUUUCCAUAUUCAGCCUCCAGCGGUUGCAUAAACGGGAGCAAACUGAAGGGUUACAUCAGUGCUGCUUGCAGCAGCGUGGGGAGAAGUGAUGGCAUGAAGUUAGGAGAGCCUGCCUUGCAGAGCAGCAGGAUGAGCUCCCGUCUCCCUGCAGUUACAGACUCGGAGGUCUUCAGGAGCCUCAUCCAUCUGAAUGAAAUCCUCACACUAACUUUGAACUGCACGUGCGCAUUUAGAACUGCGUGUUUGGAGGAAGAAGGGGAAAAACCCAACUUUUCUGAAGCCAUGCAAAGCAGCCCCAUUGCCAGGCUGGGAAGCAAGCCCACAGCUGUGGGGUGGGAAGCAGGCGCUCACUUGUCAAAACAUCUGCUCCAAUGAGGUGCACUGAUGGCACUGACAGCAGAGCAAAGUCCUCGGGUGCCCCAAAGCCUGUUGCUGGGCAGGUCUGCAGCCUCUGCUGGGCGUCAGUCUGGGCUGCUGCUGCUGUGGAGCAGAAGUGCCGCACUUCUGUGGUUGCAGAGGAGGAGGGGAGAAAGCCUUCCUCUCUUCUGGCUGCCUGGGAAACCGACGGCAGCUCUUAGCUUGCAUCCAUUCCUGUCCGUGAUGCGUGCUAAGAUCCCUCGUGGAGAGAACGGUGAGCAAGUGCUUUAUGCUGCUUUUAGAAGUGUUAGCUUUUGAGGACAUGGGAGUAUUCAGGGACAGGGCUGGGGAAGCAGCGUGCUGGCGGAGAUGGUCUUAACCUUAUUGCAGGCUGCAGCGACGCAGGGGAGGCGUUCCGGCCUCAGAAGUGAGCUGUGAAAUGGAAGUGGCUGUUCCACUCUGCUGGUGAGGAUCACCCAUUGGUGUGGAAACCUCCAUGUCACUGCUGCAGGCUGUGAGCCCAGGGCUGGGCAGGAAGGUGAAAUGGGAGGAGCUGGCCUGGCUCAGAAGCCCAGUAUGAGGGUGGAAUGCUUUGCUGCCCUGCUCCCAGAGCACAGCACGGAUACUGGCCCUGACAGCGUGAUGGUUGGUCGUGGUGGUGGAGAAUCGUGAGCGCAGGCAGCAGGAAGUGUGGCUGAGCUCUUGCUGUGGCUUCUCCCCACAGCUGAGGCAGAAGUGGCAAUAAAAGAUCUGUGUCUGGUGGCAGAGGUUGAAAUACAGAACAGGGCCGUCCUCCCUGAGCGUGUCUGAGGCGCUGUGCCUGGCAGCUGCUGAGGCAGCAGCUCCUUGGGCUUCUCCACUUCCCAAAGUAACAAUGGAACUUGUUGAUUUGGGAUGCAGGCAGUCUCAGGAGCUUGUUCAGCACAGAGUUACCAGGCUUGAAAGCAAACCUUGGGCAUCGCAUUGGGUGAACUGCAGCACUGGGAGAGCUCAGAUCGGAUCUGGCUGGGAUGUGUGCUCUGAAUCUUGCUUGGCUUGGCCAUGCAGCUCAGAGUGCUCUCACGGGACUGGUGUGCAGGUUUGUGCUGGCCAGCUGCUGCGUGUUCCUGGAAGGCAGCUGGUUCCUUUGCAGCUCUGCCUCCCAGCAGCAGCGUGGACUUAAUUAGGAUCUGGUGUCCAAGCAGAGCUCGUUGUGCUGUGGAUGCUUUGUUGGGCUUCAAUAGAAAACCUGCUGGCUGAGCUGCAGGAGGCGGUGUUUUUUUGUGCGGGGGGCUCGAGGCUGAGACCACUUGUUCAAGUCACUGCUGGGGCUGUGAAGGGCCCCACUGAACACUGCUGUGCAGAGCAGGAGCCCAGAGGGCAUCAUCAGCACCGUGUCUGGGCUGCAUGCAGUGUCCCUAGGGAACAGCAGAGGUGCUGGGAGCUGGGCUGUGGCUGAUGCUGUCCUUCUCAGGUCUCCGACGUAGAGGCUCUGCUUUGUCUGUCAGGAACUUCCUUUCUCCUACUACUACUGUGUCUGCAUGAGUAAAACCGAAACCACUUCAGCGUCCUAAUUGGCCUCUUUGUGUUGAACUGCUGAGAUGUGAUGGAUUCUGCAGAGUUACGGCCCCGUGUUACUUCAUGCAGGGACAGAGCCUGCAUCUUUCCCAUUGCUCACAAGGAUUACUGCUCCUGUUACCUCCAGCAUCCUGCUUACAGUGGCAGCAAAGAGACUGCCCAACAGGUGCACAGGAGCACCAGGUCCUAUGCACUGGGACUGGAGCUGGGUCUUCUGUUCAUCAUUCAGUUUCCCACCCUGGAGCAGAGCCUCUGCUGGCCCAGCAGCUGCUGAUGGUCUUGGGGAGCAGCAAUGAGCAGAUGGGAGGUGCUGGUGGCAUCCUGCAGCAGGGCUGGGAGGGGAAGGAGUGCUGGUACCCAGCUCCUCCCUGCCCUACAGCCUGCUGCAUCCAACCCCAUGCUGGUUUGGUACCCAGCUCCUUCCUGCCCCAGGAUCUGCUGCUCCUGACCCCACACUGGUUUGGCAUUGCUGCUCUUCCCAUGCACUGCGGAUCCAUCCCAGUGGCUGUGCUGCAGAAAGCCUUGAGUUGGGCACAGUCACUUCUCACACUGGGGUGAACACAGGCACAGAGUGCUUCUUACAGGCAGCAUGCAGCCAACCACAGGACUGUUUCCAUUCGGGUCUCUCUGAUAGAGCAUCAGUGUUUUCUUUCUGGUAGGUUUAAUGAGUCUGUAGUUGGAAGUUUGAGCUUGUGGCUGCUGAGCCCAAGCAUUGAGUGCUCUCUAGGGUGCUCAGUUCUCAGAUGGGAUGUGCAGUGUUUGAUCCUCUUCAGUCUCGUUUUUAGACCUGGUCUUAUUUUAGCAUCUGUAUAUUUACUGUUAUUAUUACUGUAUUUCCUAGGGCUGUAUUUUUAGCCUUUUCCUUGGUUCCCGUGCUGCUGCUGAAAUCCCAGCCGUGGCAUUUCCUGCUCCGUGGUAAAAAUCCUGCUAAUAUUUUCCAUCCAGGUGUGAUGGCAUUGGAUGGGGAUGCAAGGAGAAGCAGAGCUCUGCGUUUGGCUGCGGAUGCAUUGCUCAGCAGAGAUGCUGAGUGGGGCCACCUCGUCCCUCCCCACCAUCACUGGGAUCUCAGGAGCAGCUGAGAUUGUGCUUUUCCAGCAGCCUGAUGGUUUUGAAUGUGUCAGCUUGUAACCUCUAAAGAUCUGAAUGAAAUCAUGCGUGACUCAUUAUUGGUUUUGCAUGGUGAGAGCUCGGUGGAGCUGAGCAUUUGUCAGGCCACCGAGCUGUGAAGCAGAGCUCUGUCAAUAGCAAAUGUUCUCUGUUGAGUGAUGUAUGGAGAUCUGUGAAAGAGCUGCAGGAGUGGUUGGAAGCUGGGAGAAAAUAACUUGGAAGGAUGGGAAGUUGGAGGUGAAGAGUGCCCUGAGUGCAGCGUGUGAUGUGUGCUGGGAAGGGAGCACAUCAGUGGAUGGGAGAGCUGGAAGGGGAAGGCGGGCACUGCAGGGCAGGAAGAAAAACCCAUCAUUUUCAGGAAGAAAAACCCAUCAUUUUCACAGCAACCUUCAGAUUGGGGGGAGGGAUGGGGAGUAAAGACAACAAAUGCUUUCUUCAUGUGUGGAAUGAUGGCGUGGUUUGGGUUGGAGGGGACCCUAAAGAUCACCCAGUGCCCCCCGAGGGCUGGCUGCCCCUCCAGGCAUGGGGCUCCUAUGGGACAGCACCCUGCCACCCUCUGGGAGAGACCUUCAUCCUCUUAUCUAAUCCAAAUCUCCCUUUCUUUAGUCCAAAACCAUUCCUCCUUUUUAUUUAUUUCCUUUUCUAAUCCCAGCGUUUUCAUUUUCGUGGCUCAGGGCCGCAAAGGGACGCAGGGCAGCACAGAGCAGGGAGCCAGGAAGGGAGGGGAGGUUUGGAACAAGGAUGCUCAGAUCAUGUUGGAUUAAAAGCUUUGCUUUCCCAGUUUAGGGUUUUGUUGGGGUUUUUUGUUGUGUUUUUUUCCCUCAGGACUGGUCUGCUGGAGCAGGCAGGCUGUCAGCCCUGUGGGAUGUGCCCACAUCGCUGCUGUGAAGCUGUGAGCCCUCCAGUCCCAGCCCUGGAGCUGAGCUGUGUGCUGCCCUAAACAGCCCCACAUUGCAGUGAGGGGUUUAAUGGGAGCUUCCUGUUGUGCCGACACCAACGUGAGUGUGCAAAGGAGGAAGCAGUGAGCAGAGCUCGGAGAUCUCAGCCAUAGUGAGGAGGGCUGGGCACCAUCUCCACUUCACAGGGCUGGGAGGAGAUGUUCUGUGGCAGCAGAAACCCCGGAGUGCUGCGCCUUGCUGGGAAGGCAGCUGCUUCCAGGACUUCCUUUUCUUGUGGGAUUCACCCCAAAAAGCCCUCAGCUCUGCUGCUCCCCUUCUGACAGGGGAGCAGUGGGUGCAGCAGCUGACAGCCCAUGCUGAUCUGAGCCUUGCACUCAAGUGCUGCUCCUGCUGUCCUGCAGGAGGUGCUGCCUUUGGGCUCAGACAAUUUGGGAUGGGACAUUCAAUCCCCAGAAGAUGAGGAACACUUGGAUUAUUCGUACAUCUUGGAAGCCCCACUGGAUUUCCCUCCUAUUGUAGCUGCAUGGAUGGGGCUUUUCUCAGAGCUCUCAGCUGCCUGAGGAGCCCAAGGGAGGAGCUCCAACCCUGAUCCAUACCCAAAGAGCACAGGGUGCUGCAGGCAGCUGCUGGGCUGUUCUCUGGGGCAGGAUCUGUGCUCUGAGCAGUGCGGUGCUGAGGGCUUUUCUUCCUUUUAUGCUCUCAGAAGCUUCUCUUUCUCUUUCAUCUGCAUGCAGCUGCAUUUCCCUAUUCUGCAGUGUUGGGCAUCCAUCCUGCAGGCAGGUGGGGACCAAACGCUGUGUGCCAGGAGCAGCAGCAAUAGCAGGGUGCAGCCUGUCCCAGGCAGCGACCUCGGGCUCCUUCCUCUCCGUUCCCCUCUUUUAUUCUUCUCUUGUGACCUCUUUGGGCUGGGAAUGGCAUCUGUGCCUGGAGGGCCCGGAACAAUGUGCCCCAGAUGGCACUGUACGAACCACGAGGUUUCACUGCAUGGGAAAGAACUUCAUAAACACACCUUUCCAGCCUUUCAGUCCUGCACCCGUGGUCAGGAGCCUCUGAACGUGGGUAUUUCAGCCCAGGCUGCAAACUCCAGGGCAGAUAAGGAAACCCAGCAGAGAACAGCAGCUCUGUGUGGCCCCGUUGGGGCUCUCAUUGUUUCUGUAGUUCCGUUCUAUCGGGCUGCUGCUCACUUGCAUUUUGGUCUGCAGUGCAUUUUGGUUUUGCUUCCUGGAGUCGGAGCUCUUCACAUUGCUACAGGGGAGCUCUGGUUUGGUUUAAGACCACAUCAAGGAGCAGAGAGUGAGCAGGAUGUGACGUGCUGGCUGUGUGUGCUCAGGCUGGGGGGGGGAGCAAAGCAUGGGGGGGCUCCCCUCUGAGCAUCACCCACUGCCCUUCCUGCCCCACACCCAGGGGGCAGCUCAGUGUCCCCAAAGCCUCGCUGUUCACUGCUUCUCCCCAUAGGUUUGAUGCCAUGGCAGCGUGGCACAGUGAGGAGGGUGGGAGCAGCUGAAGCUUUGGGGUGUUCUUGCAGGAUGCUCCGGAGAUGGCAGCUGAAAGCCUGCAGGAAUGGAGCCCAUAAGGCCUCACUGCUCAGCCUCACACACUGCAGCCCUCCUGCAGGCACUGUGCUCCAAAAUGAGGUGUGCUGUUGGAUGGGAGCAGGGCAGCCCUGCAGCUCCUGGGCUGCCUGAAAGUGCUCUCAGACCCUCCCUCAUCCCCCCCUCCUCCCCGUGCAUCCUUUAGCACAAGAAGCCUUUUUUAUUAUUAUUAAUAGCUAUUGCAAGCCAGUAAAAAGUUUUAUGGGCUUUGGCUGAGCGUCAGGGCUUGCAGUGUGCUCAUUUCCUGCAGUCUGAGUGCUGGAGGGGGCUGGGUUUGCUUGGUUAACCCACGGUAGCAGAGCUGAGGACUGACAGUAGUGCAACAGGAGCUGGAGGGGAGCAGAGAGGACUGCAGCCACUGCUCCGGGAGCAAAAACCCAUCUGUGGUGGCUGUGUGAGCCUGGCUGUCUGUCUGUCCCUCUCCUCUGCCCCCGUACUGAUGUUUGUAUCGUCGUAUGGUGAGCAGAGGGGCACUUUGUGCCCUGGGCUGCUGUCCAUCCCACCCAGACCUCUCUCCUAGGAGCUGACAUCUGUGCCACAGCACGCUGGGGCCUCACAUCCACUUGCAUGGCACAAAGCAAAGGUGCACAGCCAUCAGCUGCUCUGCACCUGGUCCUGACCCACAGGGAUCCUCCCACCCACCUCCUCCAGGGCCGGCAUCCUCAUUUUGCUUCGUAGGAAGCUGCACACCCACUGUGCUUUGCCCCAUAGCAGCACUAUGCUGUGUGCCCUGCUCCAUAGGACUCAGCUCUGUGCCCCAUAGCAGCCCUAUGCUGUGUGCCCUGCUCCAUAGGACUCAGCUCUGAGCCCCAUAGCAGCACUAUGCUGGGUCCUCUGCUCUGUGGGGCUCAGCUCUAUGCCCCAUAGCAGCACUAUGCUGUGUGCUCUGCUCUGUGGGGCUCAGCUCUGUGCCCCAUAGCAGCACUAUGCUGGGUGCCCUGCUCCAUAGGGCUCAACUCUAUGCCCCAUAGCAGCCCUAUGCUGUGUCUCUGCUCCGUGGUGCUCAGCCCCUUCUGCCAUCCACCCUCCAUGGGUACACUGUCCUCCCCACUGCCUUCUGGCUCUCACUGCACAACUUCCCUCCCCACUUAGGCCUUCACUUAGGGCAGCAGUUUCAGCUCUGCUCUCCCCACAGCAGCACCACCCCUUUGCCACCCCCACGGGGCAGGGCGGUGGGCGCACAGCUCCAUGUUGCACUGACUCUCCUUUCUCCCAUCCCUCCGCAGCUCGCCGGGCGCUGGGAGGACCCUCUCUGCAGGAUGUUCUCUCCACCAAAGAUCUCCUCGUGACCGGUGACGAUGACCAUCCCGGCAGCACCUCGGGAAGCACCAACGUUGCAGUAGCCCGGCUCGUCCCCCCGCCGCACACCGGGAUGCUGCACUGACCGAGGGCAGCCCCGCUUCUUUUCUCCUCUCCCCCUCAACUUUCAGCAGCUCUGGGAUUUGUAUGGCAGCAGCGUAACCGUGGAGAGGCCGGGGUAUCACAAACUUAUGGAUUUUGAUAAGAGAGGAGGGAAAGGGGAGCUGGAGGAAGGUAAAAGGAUGUCCAAGACGGGUGGAGGAAGGAGCAGCCAUGGAAGUCGGAGCGCCGGAACCAACUCGGGAGUCUUAAUGGUGGGUCCCAACUUCCGCGUCGGAAAGAAGAUCGGAUGCGGCAAUUUCGGGGAGCUCCGCCUAGGAAAGAAUCUCUACACCAACGAAUACGUAGCGAUCAAAUUGGAGCCCAUCAAAUCUCGGGCCCCACAGCUGCACCUGGAAUACCGCUUCUACAAGCAGCUCGGCAAUGCAGAAGGAAUUCCUCAGGUUUAUUACUUCGGCCCCUGCGGGAAGUACAACGCCAUGGUGCUGGAGCUGCUGGGCCCCAGCCUGGAGGAUCUCUUUGAUCUGUGCGACCGCACCUUCACCCUCAAAACCGUCCUGAUGAUCGCCAUCCAGCUGAUCACACGGAUGGAAUACGUCCACACCAAAAGCCUCAUCUACAGAGACGUCAAACCGGAGAACUUCCUGGUGGGGCGGCCGGGCAGCAAACGGCAGCACACCAUCCACAUCAUUGAUUUCGGCCUGGCCAAAGAGUACAUCGACCCCGAGACCAAAAAACACAUCCCCUACAGAGAGCACAAGAGCCUGACGGGGACGGCGCGAUACAUGAGCAUCAACACCCACCUUGGGAAGGAACAAAGCCGCAGGGACGACCUGGAAGCGUUAGGCCAUAUGUUUAUGUACUUCCUCCGUGGGAGCCUUCCCUGGCAGGGCCUGAAGGCGGACACACUAAAGGAGAGGUAUCAGAAGAUCGGUGACACCAAGCGAGCCACGCCGGUGGAGGUGCUGUGUGAGAACUUCCCAGAGGAGAUGGCCACGUACCUGCGCUACGUGCGGCGCUUGGACUUCUUUGAGAAGCCAGACUACGAUUACCUGCGAAAGCUCUUCACAGAUCUGUUUGAGAGGAAUGGUUUUGUGUUCGACUACGAAUACGACUGGGCUGGGAAACCACUGCCCACCCCCAUCGGCACGAUGCACAGCGAGGUGCAGGUGCAGCCCCCGAGCAGAGACAAAGCACAGCCACACACCAAACACCAGGUGAUGAGCUCCACCAACGGAGAGCUGAACACAGAUGACCCGACGGCGGGGCACUCAAACGCGCCCAUCACAGCCCCCACCGAAGUGGAGGUGACCGACGAUACAAAGUGCUGCUGUUUCUUCAAGAGGAGGAAGAGGAAAAGCACCAAACGCCAUAAGUGAGCGCGGGUGGAGCAGCGGUGCGGGGCUCCCCUCCCUCCGGCCGUGCCGGACGGUGCCCGCAAUGCCGUGGGGUGGGAGGACCCCGGCGCCCACGCGCAGCAGAGCGGGGCCUCCCCCCCGCCCGGCCCGGCCGCUCUCGUGUCCCCGCAUCCGCCAAAAAAGAAAAAAAAAG